AUGGCAUCCCAGGCUCCCCUCAUCCGAAUCAAAUCCGCCAUCCAGAAAUAUCCUUGGGGAAAAACAGGCAACGCAUCUCUUGUGGCUCGUCUCGCGCCGAACGCGGUCGGAUCUGACUUUCAGUUAGAUGGGCAGAAGUCAUACGCUGAGAUCUGGAUGGGAACGCACCCACAUGGCCCAGCGAAAUUAUAUGACUCGCCAUCCACCUCCCUCCAGUCGCUCAUAUCCACAUCGCCCGCGACGUUCCUUGGGGAGCCUGUGCAUUCGAAGUGGCCAGGAACGACGCAGGUGCCGUUUCUCUUCAAGAUUCUCAGCAUCGAGAAAGCGCUCCCACUUCAGGCGCACCCGGACAAAGAACUAGGAGAGAGACUCUACAAGGAGAAGUCCGACCUCGCGUCGGACUCGAACCACAAGCCCGAGAUCGCGGUGGCUAUCGGGCGCCCGCUUGGGAAGUGGGGAAAGGACGUAGCAUUCACAGGUUUUGUCGGGUUCCGGCCGCUCAAGGAGAUCGCAGAAAGUAUGAAGGGGGUAGCAGAACUCAGAGAAGCAGUGGGUGAGGCAAAGGUUGUCGACGAGUUCGUGCAGGAUCCAACAAAAGAAAGGCUGAAGAGCGUAUGGUCGGCGCUAUUGAAGAAUGGCGCUGAAGGGCGCGCGGAAAAGUGGGUGGAAAAGCUUGCAGCACGAAUCAAAGGCGGGAAGAAGGAAGGCAUGAGCGAGGAGCAGGCGCAACUGAUUUCAGAGGUGGAGAAACAAUAUCCGGGGGAUGUGGGCGUGCUAGUAACGACAUUCUUCAUGAAUUUUGUGAAGCUGCGACGGGGAGAAGCGAUAUACAUCGGAGCAGACGAAGUGCACGCUUAUCUUGAAGGAGACAUUAUUGAAUGCAUGGCCGUCUCCGAUAACGUCGUUAAUGCUGCGUUCUCCCCUCCAGAGGAAGUUAAAUCGCAGAUCCCAACGUUUCUCGAAAUGCUCACCUAUACGGCGCGCCCUGCGUCACACUGGAACCUCCCUGCGAGGUCAUACAAGUAUUCCGUUCACGCACGUACGACCGCAUACGACCCCCCGCUCGAAGAGUUCGUUGUUCUCGGGACAGUCUUCCACCCCGGGCCAGGCAGCACGGGAGACGGUGGACGAAAGGAGAGGCUCGAGCCAUCGGACGGCCCAACGAUGGGUAUUGUCACGCGCGGCCGCGUUCGAAUGAACGUCGGGGAUGAGACAGUCGAUUUAGAGGAGGGCGCGGUGGUAUAUGUCGUUCCUGGAAACACCAUCAAUGUUGAGCUAUUGCAGCCAGAUCAGGAGGGCGAAGGAGAAGUGUGGUGGGCGACCUGCGUUAUCUGA